CUCCAUCACUGCCCCUCCAUCGCUUUCACAGCAUACGGUGAUAAACUUCUACUGUCCCGCUGAUGAACGACCUCAAUAUAACCAGUCACGCCUCAGACGCAUACACACCUCAGAAUCUAUAAAACCACUUCCACAAUGGCCUCAACCCUCCCAUCGAACGGCCGACUCGUCAACAUCGGCACCCACUCUCUGGCUCUCUACACACACGGCCCAGAGCCCACCAGCGCUAGCGAGCCAGUCGUACUAUUCAUCUCUGGCGUAGCAAGCGAUGCCCUCAACUGGCAAGCCGUGGUACGACUGCUGAGUCCAUCAGUGCGGAGCUACACGUACGACCGCUCCGGAUUUAACAACUCGGAGUACUCACCACUGGCUCCCUCAGCCGAGAACAUCGCGCUGGAGCUCUCCUUGUUAAUCGAGAAAGCCCCAAUCCCGAACCCGCUGAUACUGGUGGGACACUCCUGGGCGGGCGUGCUCAUACACGAAUACAUAGCUCUCAAGGGCACUGACCACCUCGCCGGUCUAGUUUUCGUCGACGCCAACCACGAGACAGCCCCGCUAGUUUUGAACGUGAACGACCCUAUUCUGUGGACUGUAGCCGCAGGCGUGGACCCGUACUCCGCGUGGGGUGUGGAGGCGGAACACAAGCUGUCGCAGGAAGAGUGGGACGCCUUCCGGGCGGCUGAAUCAACGGAAAAAUACCAGUUGAUUAUGCAAAAGGAGGCAGUCGAGAACUAUAGUCCUAGUUUUGAGACGCUGCGGAAGAAGGAGCUGGGUAAGAGGCAGCCGCUGGUUGGGGACAGGCCUGUUUAUGUGAUUGCUGGUACGCGAAGUAGGGAUUGGAGUGGGCUGUAUAGGGCGGGUGUUGCGAAGGGGAAUGGGACGGAGGAGGAGAGGGCCCAUGUGAGGGAGAUGAUUAGGACGGUUGAUGUGAAGAAUGAGGGCCUUAUGAGGGAGUUUUUGAAGCUUUCGACGAGGAGUGAGCUGGUCUUUGCUAUGGAGAGUGGACAUUUUGUUCAGAUAACGCAGCCGGAGAUUGUUGUGGAUGGGGUGAAUUGGGUUUUGAAUAAUGUGCCAGCAUCUUCUUAGGUGCAGAGAAUCAACAUUGAGAAGAAUAGAUAUAAGACAUAUAGAGAAGCUGUGUAAUCUUUUUAGAAGCAUACCCCAAGGACGAAGGCUGGGGCUGCUUGAGGAAAGUACUAGGUGAAUGGAUUUGUUUGUGGUUGCUGAAGUGUUUGUCCUGUCGAGAACAAGAAUGCUGUAACCCGCGGUU